AUGCCGGCCUCCCGCCUCUCCGGCGCCGCGCUCGCCCUGUGGGCAACGGCGGUGCAGCUGGCGGCGUCACCGGUGGCGGCCGCCUCCGCGGGCAGGCUCUCAAUGCAGCCCCAACGUCUGCGGGUGGCCGAUCCCCCAAAGAUCGGGGCGACGGUCAGCGGCGUGCAGCAGGACUACAGCCCCGCCUCGACGUCCACCUCUGCCAGGUAUUUGGUCGCGUCGUUCCCAAAGUUGAAGCAGGUUGCCUACGUGCACCUGCCAGACAACGUCUGGCGCCCGUUGGUCAUCGGCAACGUUUCGGAGCCUGGCGCAGUGGCAACGGACUCGACCAACCGCAGGCUGUUCGUGGCCGACCCUCCCAACCAGGUUAUCUGGUGGUACCACCUCACAAAGGGGCCUGCCGGCCUCCUCGAGACCACGGGCGAGCGGGCGGUCGCCGUGGCGAAUUGCACGGCCAGCUGGAUGUCCGCAAACGGCGUCGGCGACCUGUACUUCAUCGGCCGGAAGACGGGCGCCGACCGCGAGUCCGUCUUCAGGCAGACCGCCGGCCACAUCGGCGUUGGGGGCACCGUGGAUCCAACAGAGAUCUUUUCCCGGUCCAACAGCGGCAGCCCGAACGCGAUGGCUUGGGCGCCCGCGGGGCUCGCCGUGGACGCCUUCCACGUGUACUGGGGCAACGAGGCGAACGGCACCGUCCACGGGUCGAUCGUCCAGGCCCCCCGGCACGACAGCGGCACCGUUGCCCAGGACUCGGAGCUGAAGACGUUGAACAGCGAUUUCAGCGAGGUCCGCGGCAUGACCGUCACCGGGACUCACGUCUUCUGGGUGGCGCCGGAUGGGGUGCACGGCAUGCGCAAGGGCAUGAGCGAUGCACCCCAGGGCAUGGUCGCCGCCGCCCCCGGCGGCGGCGACGGGGCGUGGAUGCCGAAGAGCAUCGCGUUCGACGGCGACGCCAGCCUGUACUUCACGGAGCAGGACGCUGGCGUCCUGUACCAGAUCCCCGCCCAGAACCUCAACACUCAUGAGCUGACGAAGUUCGUGGACGCCCCGAACGUCGACAGCCUGUCCGUGCUCGAGCUCUUCCAGGCACGCGGCACGUCGGGGGCGACGCGCGGCGCGUCCAGGACCGGCGCCGCGCUGCUCGUGGCGUGCGCCGCGCUGGCGACCUGGGCCGGCGCGUGA